AGCACAUGCUUCCGGAAUAGGGAAUAACAAGGAGACUUCCGGCGGAACUUCUUUUCUGCUCAACGUCUUGUGUGUCUUUUCUGCUCGCAGAAGAAGAAUAUGGCUUCAGUAAUAAGCACUUUUAGUAAAAACACAAUGCUGUUGAAGAGGUAAGCUGUUUUUGGUAAAGACAUCUUGCUGCUGUAGUGAUCCACUGCAAAGGAACAAAUAGAACUAAAAGAAAAAAAAUACCAGAGAAAAAAUUGCAUAUCUAACACAGAGACACAUAUCCCAAUUUGACUGAACAACAGCUAACAUGUCUCUGGUUGAUCUUGGCAAGAGACUGCUUGAUGCAGCAAAAAAAGGAGACACAGAAGAUGUCCGCAUGUUGAUGACAAAUGGAGCACCUUUCACAACUGAUUGGUUGGGCACAUCACCGCUACAUUUUGCCUCCAUGUAUGGACAUGAAGCUACAGCUGAGGUUUUGUUAAGAGCAGGAAUCAGCAGAGAUGCUAGGACCAAAGUAGACAGGACUCCUCUACAUGUGGCAGCGCAGAAUGGGCACACAAACAUUGUAGAACUUCUGAUUAAGAACCAGGCUGAUGUGGAAGCCAAAGAUAUGUUAAAAAUGACCCCACUGCACUGGGCUGUUGAAAAGGGUCAUGUUCCAGUGAUAGAAAUCUUGUUGAAGCAUGGAGCUGAUGUACACUGUGAAAACAAGUUUGACAAGUCCCCAAUAGAUGUAGCAGUGUGGAAUGGAAGAUAUGACAUAAGCCAGCUAUUGCAGACAAAACAGAUGGAGAAUGAGGGUGCCUCUACAUCUGGUGCUAGCCGUGGCAUCACGGUAUCCGAGUCUGAUGCAGCUGCUGCAGAGUUGACAGUGUCCGAGGAUGCCAUUCCCACCUCGGCCCUUGUUGAACUAGUCACAAAUCAUAACACAGGCACUGUACCCAAGACUAGCGUAUCCUCCGACCAGAGCAGCACCUCUGUGUUAGCCACCCUGGCAGCUCUGGCAGAAGCCACUGCUCCUCUCAGUGCAUCUGCAGCAGGCACCAGUGCAGCAGAAGCAUUGAACUGGUUGGAGACACAUGGUAUAACCACAGUAGCCAAUGAUCAGCCAUCAGUAGUGACAGCUAUAGAAGGAGGACAGGGAUUUGCCCUCACAGAAGCGGGCAAAUUGGCCUUAAAAUUCGUAAAACAAGGAAGCCAAGGUGGAUCGGAUGAUGAGCAGGGGGACAAACAAAUGAAAGUUAUCACCAUAGUAACAGAACAGGACGGAACAACACAGGAGAGCCAAGUAGUUGUGAUGAGAGAGGAAUCCACAGGCAAUGGCGAUGGUUCAGAUGGAGAGCCUUUAGCUAAGAAAAGUCGCUCAUCUGGAGACAGUGUGGAUGGUGAACAUGAUGCCAUAGCUAGAUGGUUACAGGGGAAACAAAGUUUUGAAACAUUGGACCAAAAUGAUCUCAGAAAACAGUUGGAAGAAGUGCAGAAACAAGCUGAGGCAUAUAAGCUGCAGCUGAAGCAGAAAGAGGAAGAAGCAGAAGUGUAUAAGAAACAGCUGAAUGAAAUAGCGAGCAAGACCCCACCAUCUUCAUGAUGUCUUCAAUUUGUAGUUAUGUGUACAAAGUUUUAAUUGUCAUGGAAGUGCUCCAACUUAUCUUAUAACUUCGAUUAAAAUGGACUGAUGAUAUCUGUUUACAUUGUACAACCAAAGGUUUUGACAUUUGGUGUGCUGAAAACUAGUUUUGAAGAUAAGUAAAUCGUUUAUUGUGUAUUUUUUUAACUAGGGCUAGUGAGGAUGUUGGAGAAUUCCACUCAGUAUAUAGUGAGGAUGUUGGAGAAUUCCACUCAAUAUAUAGUAACUGUAGUGGAACUAUAUAUGAUAGCAGUUUUUUACUCACUCCUUUAUGAAUGGUCCUGUGAUCAGGAAAAACUUGACUGAAAAUUUUGUUUAUAAGAAAGACCUGUAUGUGGCAUUAUCGAUUGGUUCAAGAUUAACUGUGCCAGACUUUGACUUGAUUUGAGAUGAUGAGUGAGAAUGGACCAUGAUUUUUUUAUAGAUUAUAUUGGCAUAAAAUGUGAUGUUGCUUUGUAUAGAGUAUUGUAAAUAUUAAAUUUUGCUGUACACCUAGGCUUAGAAUAUAAUGAAAUAUUUAUAUCAAUUGUGAAUAAGGUAUAUUUAUGGCUGUUCGGGUUACAGUCACUGUCAGAAAAGUCAAGGAAGUGUUCAUCUUUCCAUUUUGUGUUUAUCUUCAUUAUUUUCACGAUGAGCUUGUACCAUCUUUAUUGAUUGUACCAAUUGUGCCAUUUUUCAUGGGCAUGUAUAACACUUGGGUGCAAAUGAAGGUAAAUUUUGAAAAGAAAAGCAAAUUCAACACU